CCAACUGUCUGCUAUCUCGUGCACAUCGCCUCCGCGCACUCACCAAUUCACUAACCUAUCUCCAUUCGCACGGGAUAGUAGCAAAAUUCGAACUUUUCCUAUUGGAAUUAGUUAACCAGUCGAGCGCUUAUACAGUUGCAUAAGCUGUGUUUUGGAUGAUUAUGUAGACGUAACCUCAAAAAGAUGGCAGCAACAAUUUGGAAACUAGUUAAUUUGAACACAAAACUGAAUCCAAGCUUGGGUGGUUCUGUGAGGUACGGUCACCAUCUUCGUGGUAAACCCCCAGGUGUAGCUCGAUCCUUAGAACAGCGUCUCGAAGAGCUCAAUUUCAAAGACCCCGAGAUACACUACAAAGUCAAUAUAGGAUUCGCUAAGAAACAGCUUAAACGUAACGCAGUGUUAUCAGAGAGGAUUACAAUUCUGAAGGAUAAUCACAGAAAUCAAGAUUUGGAGAAAAAAGCUAGAACUAAUAAAUUGGAGAUUGAUUUGGAUAAUGUGAGGAAGGAAUGGUUGAAAACUGCAGGUCCGGAACACAUUAAAAGGAUAGCCAAUCAUUAUGGGAUUUUUGAUGAUUUGUAUGGUGAUGCCUAUUUCCACCCGACAGUUCCUUUACACAUCAAUUACGAAAUUGGGGAUGGUCAAUUGCCAAUUUACUAUGGCAAUGUUGUUAAACCGAGUGAUGCCAAAGUUAAGCCAAAGAUCAGCUUUGAAAGUGAUGAGAACACCUUUUGGACUUUGAUUAUGACCAAUCCUGAUGGGCAUUUGACCAUGGAAAACAAGGAAUACGUCCAUUGGUUUGUAGGAAACAUUCCAGGAAAUAAAGUGGAGAGUGGAGAGACUAUUGUUGAUUACAUGCAGCCAAUCCCACCAAAAGGAAGCGGUUACCAUAGGCAUAUAUUCGUUUUGUAUAAGCAAGAGAAAAAGUUGGAUUUUGAACAAUUGAAGAAGUCUGGACCUUGUUUAACGUUGUCGGAGAGGACGUUUUCCACUUUAGAUUUUUAUAGAGAGAGGCAAGACGAUCUAACGCCUGCCGGUUUGGUGUUCUUCCAAUCCGAUUGGGAUGCGACUCUAACAGAUUUUUACCACGAUGUUUUGAAUAUGAAGGAGCCAAGGUACGAGUAUGAUUUCCCAGAGACUUACGUGAAACCGCAGGAAUGGUUUCCGCUUAGGCAGGCUUUCAAUUUGUACAUGGACCGGUACAGAGAUCCGAAGCAAAUCAACAAGGAGUUCUUGAAGAGGAAGCUGCAGAAGGUGCAUCCGUUCAAGGCGCCAGAGAAACCGGUGCCGUAUCCUAACGCCGUUCCAUGGAACGGUUACGUUCCCAGCUGGUUGAAGCUGGAGAAGACGAAGUCGAUGAACAAGUGGGGUAGAGUCAACGAUAUUGAAUGAUUUAGUAAUAAAGUAAUACAAG